AUCUCUUGAUAGAGGGAGAAAAGAGGCCAAGCGAGGACAGGAGAGGAGUGAAGAGGAGAGGAGGACUUGGCUUCCCUCCCUCUGUGUGGUUUCCUGUUUGUAGGUGGGAGGAUGUUGAGACGGUUGCAGCAGCCUUCACAGAGCGUUGCAGCUUUUUAACACCCAUCGACUCUCUGAGGUGUCUCAGUUACAUCUCCUGAUUGGUUCGAGGUGUUUGUGUGAAACACUUUUUUUUCUUUUUUCUGACAUUUUGCUAUAGUGAACUGCAUGUUUCUUUUCCAAUUGCCACCGCCAGUUGCAGUUUGCAGUUGAGAGGGGCUGAAAGAGGACAGUUUGAUCAACCCACACACACCGUUCACCGCCACAGAUGUAGACCUUUCUGGUAGCUGGUUGGUUAGUGAGUCACCAGAGGCCUCUGCUCCGUCUCUUUGGGCAAACGUGACCUGAGCUGAUGGUCCAUCAUCACCUUUCUCCUAGGAAGCGCUGAGGAAGACAACAGAAGAUCAGAGGAUCUGUGGCGGGAGAUGAAACAAGACCCACCAACUCAGCUCAGGAGGUGAUUGGGUGCAGCGACAACAGAGGAGGAGAGUCAGUAACAAAGGGGGAGGGAGGUUGUUGAAGGUGCAGCUCAGCUCAUCACGGAGGAAAGGCAGUCGAGGUAGAGGGUAAAAAGGAGAAAGUGAGUGAAGAAGUCUUCAGACAUGGCGGAGGUUUGGUUACAGUAGUUGCCUCAUGUGGACCAGAUUCUGUGGAGGACACGAGACCAGCUGCAGUCCCCGAAACUACCCCGAUCGUCCGUCCUCCAUCCACCUGUCUCUCCAACCAACAUUUGUCCUCAGGUGUCGAUGAACCAUGGACGCCUCCUCCUUCCUCCUCGUUCUGGCGGCCACCGUCUUCGUCUCUCUCGUCCUCCUGGCCGCCGUCUGUCUGGACUGUUGGAACAAAGGUGCACUGGUCUCCAUCAGGCAAACAACCAACUCAGACGAAUACAUGCAAUCCACUGCUUUCAGAGUCAUCCUUCCACAGCAGUCGGCCAACGAUCUGAACUCCAUGCGCUCUCCUUCCCACCUGCUGUCGCCGCCGAGACUCUCAUCUUCAGUGGAUCCUGGAACUCAGCGAAGACACCGAUCCUUCACCCCAACAGAAACUGGAAGUAAUCCAAGUUAUGAGAAUCCACCAGAUGGGCCUGAAUACGUGAACCCAGACCCCAAUCUUCCUGACAGCGAUGUAGAAGAUCCCGGAUACAUCACGGUGAUACCUGACGGCGAGGCUCUCGCUCCAUCGAAUCAGAGCCGGGCCUCGACACCCAGCUCAGAUGUUCAACAUGAUUACGUGAACCUGGAUGACGAGGAACGAGAUUACCUGAACGUGGACCCGCAGCGCUCUGCAAAAGCUACACCAGAGUCAUCUGCUCAAAGCAACACUGACGAUGAUGAUGAUGAUGAUUAUGAGGGGAACUACGUCAAUCAGCCGCCCCCAGCUCAGAUCAUGAUGGGACGCUGACUGAUGUGAUGGAGACGAGCGAUCGACCUGUGACUGCCCGACCACAGUGAGCUCUUCAUCUGCCUUCUUCAUUUUUUAUCCCCAUGAUGAUGAUGAUUAAAGAGCUGAACGACUGAGAAAAGAGACGCAGGAUGAAAACGACUUUAUAAAGAGGGAAAAAGUCUGAGUAGUAUCAGUGAUUCAUUAGAGUUCAAAUCAUUUUCCUGAUUAACUGUUCAGUUUACGUCUGAAAACAGUGAAUAAUGCCCUGUCAUACUUCCCAGAGUCUGAGGAGACGUCCGCUUACUGACAACUGCUCUCUGCAGUCUGCUGAGUCAGCUCUGAGACUUCAGUCUGCUGAGUCAGCUCUGAGCUCUGAGAGUCGUGGAGUUGGGAAACGUGAGCAGUGUUUCAGACGGACUCUUAAAAUGUGAGUGUUUCCUGUUAAAGUCAUUUAUCAGGGACACAGGACGUCUCUGGUUUAUGGGACAGACAGGACGUCUCCCCGGACUCUGGGAAAUCCGAGCUGGAAAUCUGGACGUAACGAGCACAGGUUGGUCCGUCCUGUGAUGAAUCCUCCUCCUGCUCUGAUGCUGUUUGUGCUGCUGCGCCACAGAAUUGUGUUUCUGUUAUUUAGCCUACCCUCACUGGUAUGAAGGGGGUGGACAGAAUAAUGGAAACACCUGUCUGUGUAGUAACAGCCUGAUAAAACCGAACUACGAGCUGCAUCCUCAGAAAUGAUCACUCUUUAAAACAGAUCCAAUAAAACCUGAACAGCAGAGCCUUCAUGACGGAGGAUUUAUUACAAACGUGUUUACUUGUUGAUAUUUCGUCUGAAUAUUUUCCUUUUCUUCUCUGACCUGUGGAAAUGAUGAACAGAGGAAAACUCACCGCCACGGGCCGAUGCACUGAACCCGUGGCUUCGUUAUUAGAGCUCAGUCUCCACAUUGGGAGAUGUGUCCACAGCUCAGUGUCAGUCUGCUCGUCUCCGGUUGAAUUCUGUAGUUUUUUUUUAAGUUCUUUGUUUUGGGUCAUUUUUAACUUGAUCCUCUCGUUGUUGAACCUUUUCCUCCACAGUGUCCGUCCCACUUUAUGACUGACACGUUUGAGCUUUACUCCCUUUUUACUGACAACUCCUGAGAAUGUCUUACUUCACAAAUUAUUUUUACGGUGUAUUUAUGUGUUACCAUGCUGUCUGUGGAUCUGUAAUCCAACUGUGUUAACGAGAAAUGUGACUACAAUGGAAUUAAACCUUACACAGAA